AUGGCAUCUUUGAAAGGACCAGGUGCUGCUCCGACCUAUGACGGUUCUGGGCUCCGGAUCGCAAUUGUCCAUGCGAGAUGGAACAUGGCGAUAAUUGGCCCUCUGUUGGAGGGUGCCAAAAGGCAGCUGUUUUCGGCCGGUGUUCGAGAGGAAAAUAUCACUGUGGAAACCGUCCCAGGCAGUUAUGAAUUGCCAUUUGCUGCUCAGCGGAUGUAUGCGGCUUCGCAGAUUCAAGCUGCUAAAGGCUCUCCGUCCGCCGAAGGCGUGAGUGCUACGGAUCUGUUGUCAUCGUCGACUCCGGAUCUCAGCAAGGCCUCUACCGCGACAUCACAAUCGUCUGCUACGUCUCGACCAUUUGACGCUGUUAUCACCAUCGGUGUCUUGAUCAAAGGAUCGACCAUGCACUUUGAGUACAUUUGUGAUGCCGUGACUCAUGGGCUGAUGCGUAUCCAAAUUGAAUCCGGUGUACCGGUCAUCUUUGGUGUGCUCACCCUCUUGAACGAGGAACAAGGCCUGGACAGAGCUGGGUUGGGUAAGAGUGGCAUGCACAACCAUGGAGAAGACUGGGGAAAUGCUGCCGUGGAGCUUGGCGUGAAGAGAGCAAACUGGGCUGAGGGUAGAAUCUAA